AUGUCUUCCAUGGCAGACCUCGCCCGGCAGCUCGCCGAAACCAAACUGGAGCUCGCCGACACCAAAUCGGAGCUCGCUGAUGUCAAACUGGAGCGUACUCAUUACAAGAACAAGUCCAAGUCCCGCAAGCUCAUUAUCCGGGACUUGAAGGUCGACGCGGAGGAUGCGAAAGAGUUACGCGGGGUGAUCGACCACGAUGACUCUGAUGCAACACACGUCCCGGACUACAACGACGAUGACACAUACGAUGCUCGUGAAGAAGAAGAACAAGAAGAACAUGAAGACGUCGCCAUGAACAACGAACCCUACGAUGUCACCAAAGACAAGUACUACGAUGUCGACAACGACGAAUAUCACCCUCUAUGGAUCAAGAGCGAAGCUAAGCAUGUGGUCAAGGACGCAGAGCUCUCCAGGGCCAAGCACGAGUUCUUCGAACUUGACAGCAAGUGCUUCGGACUUGAGCGCGCGCUCACCGCAGCAGAACAGACCAUCAAGUCGCGGGAUGAGUCGCUCAAGUCGCGCGAUGAAACUAUCAAGUCGCUGGAAGAUACCGUCAGGUCGCAGGACGAUAGCAUCAAGUCGCUGGGUGAUGCCGUCAAGUCACGCGAUGAGACCAUCAAGGAGCGUGAUGAGACCAUUGCGAAGCUCGCGGCCGACUCCCUUCGCUCCAAGGCCCAGCCGAACGGACACAAGCGCACCCUUGCGGAGUCUAGCAUUGAACCGCGCGAGGUGUUGGAGAAGAAGAAGAAACCCCGCCAUGGAUACCGGCAAACUCUGGAGAUACGUCCCAAGGAGAUCAAGGAGACCAAGGAGACCGAGGGUGGUGUGAGCGAGAAGCGCGGAGAGGAUGAUCAGGCCUGA